AUGGCUCGGCCACGCGCCGAUACGGGCAAUUUCCCCAAAGAGCCACAUUCAAUAUCAUUAAAAGUGCUGAGACUCUCUCGACCUGCUCUGGCACAGCAACAUCCUCUCCCCCACGAAAAUGAUACGACGAUACCCCAUACAGCUUCAUUAGCAUAUCCAUCCGAAGCCAUCGACCAGGACUUUGUUUUGUCCACCAGCUUGGGUUUACCGCCAUCAUUCGGUUCCGCUCAUGUUGGCGAGACCUUCUCUUGCGCUCUCUGCGCCAACAAUGAACUCCCCCCAGCACAGACGGCCAAGACCGUGUCGGGAACGAGGAUCGUGGCCGAGAUGCAAACACCAUCCCAGGCGGUGCCCCUUGAGCUCUAUGCAGCUGACGACGCGACGGAACAUACUCCGAACCACACCGGUCCCGGAAGCGCCUUGCAAAGAAUCAUUCGGUUCGACCUCAAGGAGGAAGGUAACCAUGUGCUCGCGGUCAACGUCACCUACACCGAGACCGCAGCCGGGGACGGUCAAGCCACAGGCGGCAGGGUCCGGUCGUUUCGGAAAUUGUACCAGUUCCUCGCUCAACCUUGUGUGAGCGUUCGCACUAAAACCACGGAACUGAAAGCUGUUGAGGUUGCUGACAAGACACACGGCCCGUACGGCAGAGCGACAUUGCUCCGCUAUGUUUUAGAAGCGCAACUGGAAAACGUAUCCGAUGCGCCGAUUCUGCUGCAAGAGACAAAACUCCAGGCGAAGAUGCCAUUCAAGUCGACAUCAUUGAAUUGGGAUUCUGAGCAGGAUGACGAUGUUGCUGUGGAACAUCGCGCUCUGAAACCCCGAGAUAUAAUACAAGUAGCCUUCCUGGUCGAGCAGGAACAAGGUCUCGCAGAAGGGUUGGAGGAACUCAAGAAUAAUAUCAAACGUGAUGGCCGGGCGGUUUUGGGUCAACUUGCCAUUCAAUGGAGGACCGCGAUGGGAGAGCGGGGCUCCCUGAGCACUGGCAACCUCUUGAGUCGACGCAAAGCAGCAUGA